AACCAAGUCCCUGCGAUUAAUAUUGCGAGCUGCUGAUAUCUCCGCUAGCUGAUUGCCAUCUUCUUAGCACUGCCACUGGCACUGAAAUCUUCAAAUUCAAAAUGCUUGACGCGGGAGGAUCUGAGAUUGAGAUGGAUAUUGUCAUGCCUGCCAUUGAUGAGGAGCGACCAAAUGGAGUGAAAAAGGUGAAGACGUACGCCUGUCCAACAUGUGGAAAAACAUUUUCAUUUUCAUGCAAUCUGUUCCGACAUGAAAAAAACAUUCACAAGAAGUUAGUGAAAUGCCAGGUUCCUGGUUGCCUGUUCAAGUGCAGCAGCAAACGAAAGUUGAUUGAUCACAUGGAAUUAUUGCAUUUUAAAACUCUGGAAAAGGAGACAUUGACAUUUGCAAAUCUGGAGGAGUUCUACAAGUGGAAACUUAGGGAAGAAGUUCAGAACUUUGUGUGCUUCACCAAGAAAAGAGGCGACAUUAAAAUGGCACGUUCUACUCACAGACACUACGUCUGUGCCCUCUCAAGAAGACUUGGAUUUCAAAAAAAUACAGAGGGUAAGAAGGAGGUGUACUGCCCAGCUCGAUUACUUUUGAAAGAGUCUCAUGGUAAUGGAAGUGUAGAGGUCACUUAUUAUAAAUCGCAUUCCCAUCCUUUAUCCUACUCUGGGUCAAAGAAUCUUCCCAUGCCAGAGACUCUCCGUCAUGAAAUCAAAGAGCGGUUGAAAGCUGGUAUGAACCCCGAUAACAUUAUCUCCGAACUCCGGAAGAUGCACAAAUCCGAGCUUGCAGUAGCAAUCGGGAUAUACAAUCGCCUGCAGUCUGUAACAGCAUCUCACAUAUCCAAAAUACAGCGUAUGAUGAUGAAGAAGGGCAUGUUGGAAGAGGCAGUCCCUAAGAACAAGCCUGGAGAGAUGGGAGUACUGAGUAUGAUUGCAGAGGCAGACAAGGAAGGUGCAGGUCUCGUCGACGACAUCAAACAAAUGAACGAUGGAUUCGUUGUCUUUGAUUGUGUGGUACAGGAGCAGAUGGAUGUUGUAAAUCUACCUGGAGAACCAAACACCAUCCUCAUUCCCGAUCCUGCGCUCCAAAAAUCUAAAACGAAGCGGAAAAAGGUCAGAGGGGGGAAGAAUCCACCAGAUGUAAUAACUCCAUUCAUAGUGAAUCCAGAAGGUACUCAAAAGGGUGAAUUGGACAGUGUACAUGAUUCACUCGAUAAGGUCAAACUCUUACUCUCCAGUGGGCAAGUGAGAGAAACGGAUCUAACAGGUAUUCAGGAAAAUCUACAAGGUAUAAUGAAAAUCAUCAACGGCAAACAAAGGAUUAUGUAACAAUUGAUAAUAUGAUUUCUUUCCUUUCUUGGUUUCUGUGAAACGUUUCUUUGUUUCUAAAACUUCAUCAAUUUUCCUGAGAAAUCUAUUGGACUUUUGCGUAGAGCGUCAAAAUCUAUUACAACAUUUUAAAUUAUAUGAAGGUUUGCAUUUAAAGAUGUAACAACCAUUAUUCAAUUGACUUUGAUGUGCUGUCAUAAAUGAAGUAGCAAAGAUAGUGCUUUGGGUCUUUGACCGUCUUUCAACAUUUUCGUCUCGCCUGGAAGCGAGAUGUACAUGUAUGUGCAACUUUUUCGGACAUGGUAUUGUCGGCACCGCAUAUUGAGAAAGCAUCUGAAAUGUACUCAUAAUU